CAUGUCACCCCGGGUGGUAAAUCGCAUGAGCCGAUUCCAGAAGAGCGCAGGGUUGGAAGAGAUUGAGCAAGAGCUGACAUCUAAACAAGGAGGACGCUGUAGCCCUGUUCCAGGCCUGUCAAGCAGCCCGUCUGGCUCACCGCUCCAUGGUAAAUUGAACAGUCAAGACACUUAUAAUAACUUCACAAACAAUAAUCCUGGGAACCCGCGGCUCCUGCCUCUUCCAAGUUUGUCUGUGGUGUUGCCUCUUGCUCAAAUCAAGCAGCCAAUGACAUUAGGGACCAUCACCAAACGCACAGGCAAAUCCAAACCGGCUCCACAGAUUUCACCCAGUAAGUCUGUGGGAGGAGAGUUUUGUGUCGCUGCAGUCUUUGGAUCAUCAAGGUCAUGGUUUGCAAACAAUCCCGGUCUGAAAAGAGAAAAAGUUGCCAAUGAGCUUUUCUCAUGUGCCCAUGUCACUGUACUGAUCCGAGAGCUAUUACCAAAAAACCACAUUGGUCAAGCAAAACUCACACAAAUAACCCAAAAGCCUAAAACAACUGCUAGCAGUUUUCAGCUGGAACAUCGGGGAGGAACAAAUGGUUUCAGAGAAAAUCCUGACUAA